CCGCGGCCUUCCUUUCUCUUCCGGCCCCAGGCGCUUCGGGAUCGGCCGAACCGGGUGAGCGCUAGGCGCACGGUGCAGACAUGGCGAAGUCCAAGAACCACACCACGCAUAAUCAGUCCCGAAAAUGGCACAGAAACGGCAUCAAGAAACCCCGAUCACAACGAUAUGAAUCUCUUAAGGGGGUGGACCCCAAGUUCCUGCGGAAUAUGCGCUUUGCCAAGAAGCACAACAAGAAGGGCCUAAAGAAGAUGCAGGCCAACAACGCCAAGGCCAUGAGUGCACGUGCUGAAGCUAUCAAGGCUCUUGUAAAACCCAAGGAGGUCAAGCCUAACAUCCCAAAGGGUGGCAGCCGCAAGCUCAGUCGACUUGCGUACAUUGCUCACCCCAAACUUGGGAAACGUGCUCGUGCUCGCAUCGCCAAGGGCCUCAGGUUCUGCCGGCCAAAGUCCCAGGCCAAGGCUCAGUCCAAGGCCAAGGCCACAGCUGGAGGUACAGCUGCAGCUCCAGUUCCUCCAGCCUCGGCUCCCAAAGGUGCCCAGGCCCCCACAAAAGCUCCACAAUAGAGGUGUUUAUCUGCCAAUGUGAGGACAGAAGGACUGGUGUGAUCCCUGGGCUGCUGUCUAUACGGGGCUGGUGUCCUGUGUUUGUACAAAUAAACCUGCCUCAGGAUCUGUCA